AUGAACACUACAGGCAUAGUUCAUACUUGCAUAGAUAUUAACGAAUGUUCACGUGGUUUUCAUCUAUGCGACCCGGACGCUGAGUGUAAGAACCUCGAAGGAAGUUAUACUUGUGAGUGCCCUCAGGAUAAGGAUAAGGAGCUUUAUGACGGGCAACCCGAGGUGGAUGGACGUCACCUUGUCCGCAAUGUCUCAUGCAUUUGGAAGGGAGAGACAUGCGCCUUUGAUGACCUUGCUCCCGUUCUUCAAAAGCACUGGAUCACAGUGGAUCAGAAGUCGCACUACAGGUUCUAUGAGAAACUACGACUUCUUUGUGAACUUCCGAACGCAACAUAUGCAGAA